GAAAAUUUAAACAAGUCUGGUCUAAGAAAAUAUUGGAUUAUUCGACUUACAAUCUGAGCUUUUUACAAUAAUUUUCAAGGACAGAGCAACAAGAUAGUAGGACAAAGGAAGACAUAAAACACAAAAGCAUGUCCGUUUAUGACAAGGGAAUGAUGCAUACGUUGAUUUUUGGGAUGUUGCUAGUCCUAGUAGCGGGUCGGACAGUUCCAUCAGAUGACCUCGGAGAGAAAGUAAUAAAACCUAACGGUGUUGUCACUAGGACCGAAGAAAGUUUACGGCAAUAUAGUGGACCAACCGUUUACCAAUUCGCCAUACACGGUUUGUGUAAUCACAGAUUUGGCAAGGUCAGAUUCUUCAGGGCGCUCCGUAAUCACUUUCACAACAUAUCAGAUGAUAUGAAAAUCGCAUUUGUCCUUGACAUUUGUAAACGACGAGAUCAGAUGCUGACCAAGUGGGUACAGGAAAUAUUUGAUAAUGACGGUAUGUUCGAUAGUUGA